UACGCCCAGCCGGUGUACAUGUGUUUUGUGGACCUAGAGAAAGCGUAUGACCGGAUCCCACGCAACAACCUGUGGACAUGCCUUCGCGCAUACGGGAUUGAUGGCCAGCUGCUAAGGGCCGUCCAGUCACUGUAUUCUGAUAGCAGGUGCUGCAUCAGAGUUAAUGGCGUCAAGUCAAAACCAUUCAACGUUCGCACUGGUCUCCGCCAAGGCUGCGUCCUGUCCCCUAUCCUGUUUAUGUUGUACAUGGAUAGAAUAGUCAGGAGCUGCCAAGGCGAUGAGGGUAUCGGUAUAGAGGUGUGA